AUCAUCCAACAGGGACCGCAACGAACACACCAACCACGACAACCCUUCUCAUACCUCAACGACAAUGUCUGACGGCGGCGACGAUCUCCAGUGUGGUGCCGUAUCCAACGAUGUCACCUAUUUCGGCCUACGCAUAGGCAGCAUCUUCAUCAUCAUGGCCACUUCCAUGAUUGGCGCUCUCUUCCCAGUGCUGGCGAGGAAGGCACCGUGGUUGCAUGUACCCCAACAAGUAUUUGACUUUGCAAAAUACUUCGGUUCGGGGAUUAUCAUAGCAACAGCAUUCAUACAUCUUCUCGCUCCAGCAUUUGACGAACUCACCUCCCCCUGCCUACAGGGCACAUGGACAGAAUACGACUGGGCACCCGCGAUCGCCAUGAUCUCCGUAUUCAUGGUCUUCCUCGUCGAGCUCUUCGCUUUCCGUUGGGGGACUGCCAAGCUGAAAGAGCUCGGGAUAGACUAUGAUGCGCAUGGGCACGAGGCCGGACCGGGAGGACAUAUGAGCGCCCAUGGACCGGAGACUCCGCGCGAGGCCGACCCCGAAGCAGCGGCCGAGUACGCCGACAAGGAGGGCCUGGAAACUGGCACUAAAGUCGCGGAGCACAGGCACGGCCAUCAUGCCAGCGGCUACGGGCAGGAUACCGCGCGUGGAGGGGCGCCCACCUCGGGCGCAGCGCAGAUCCUUGGUGUCGCUAUCCUCGAAUUCGGUGUCAUCUUCCACUCUGUCAUCAUCGGUCUCACCCUCGCCGUCGACCCCAACUUCAUCCAACUCUUCAUCGUCAUCAUCUUCCACCAAAUGUUCGAAGGGCUGGGUCUCGGCACUCGGUUGGCGUUCCUCGACCUUCCCCGCGCAUACCGCUUUGCCCCCACCCUCGGCUCCAUCCUCUACGGCCUCGUCACCCCUAUCGGGAUCGCCGCCGGCCUGGGCGUAUCCUCGACCUACAACCCGGGGUCGACGACCGCAUCCAUCGUCUCCGGCAUCCUGGACGCCACCUCUGCAGGUGUACUGUUAUACACGGGUCUGGUAGAGCUCCUCGCACAUGAGUUCCUCUUCAACCCGGAUAUGGCAGUGGCGAGCAAUGGCAAGGUACUCUAUGCCGUAGUGUGCAUGCUCACAGGCGCGGGUGUGAUGGCCCUCCUCGGCCGGUGGGCAUGAGCGUCAUCGGUUUUCAGGUUAUCAGACGGCGAGGGAACUGUAGAGGGAGCAUAAGUGUACGAGUCUCCUAGACCCCUGUAUGCGGACGGCAGAGAACGAAGAGCCGAGAUCUACCGUCGGGAAAUGACCACUUAAUUUUGAUCCACUGUUAA